AUGACUAGUAACAAACAAUUGCUGAACAACUACAAAGAGAGUACUGAAGGGAUGAUCACAUUUGGAGACGGAAACAAGGGAGCUAUUCUUGGGAGAGGAGAUCUUGUGUUGAAAAAUCUACCUAUGAUCAAAGAUUUAAAGUGCCUGGUUAAUUCAGCUGAUGGGUGUUCUAUUCUGUCUGGAAUAAGGUCUAGUGAUAACUGUUACAUGUUAAACAAUAAUCAAGUGUGCACAAGAGUUUCACUAGACAAGUCUUAUUUGUGGCAUUAUAGACUGGGUCAUUUGAAUUACAGAGAUUUAAAAAGGUUGAUUAAGCUCAAGGCUGUAAGAGGAGUAUCUGAGUUGAAAGUUAGUAGAGAAAGAGUGUGUAGUCCCUGUCAGCAAGGUAAACAAGUAAGAUCUGCUCAUCCACCCACUAAGAUGCUUCUAACAACUAGAUUUAUUGAACUGAUGCACGUUGACCUGAUGGGCCACAUGCAGACAGAAUGUGGCAAAAGGUAUGUAAUGGUAUGUGUGGAUGACUACACUCGUUUUACCUGGGUUCAGUUUAUUCGAGAGAAGUCAGAUACUUUUGGAGUGUUCUCUGCUUUAUGUUUAAGACUUCAGAAUGAAGAGGCUCUAAAGAUAGCUAAAGUGUUUAGAAUUCGAAGCGACCCUGGUAAAGAGUUUGAGAAUGCCUUAUUCUCUGAGUUUUGUGAUUAUAUGGGGAUUGUUCAUGAAUUUUCUGCACCACAAACUCCUCAAAAAAUGGAGUUGUGGAGUGCAAGAAUAGAACACUACAAGAAAUGGCCAAAAGAUUAUCUUGGAAAAUUCAACUCCAAGAGUGACAAAGAUGACUAUGAUAAUGAUGAGGACAAUUCAGUACCUGCCCUGGUACCUCGCACACAACAAGUUCCCAUACUUUCUAUUUCAAGUUCCCCUUCUACUUCGUCAUCUACUAAACAUACAGAGCCAUCUGACGAAUCUGAAGAUGUGGUUGUUGGAAGUCUUGGGUCAAAACAGUCUGUAGAGUCUUCUCAUUAA